AGCUAUUCGAGCACUAGAAACUAGAUGGAAUUCAAUGUCUCGUCGUUUUGCGAAGGGGAAGAGUCUAGACAACUCAACAGCACCGCGUUAGAGCAUGAUGAGAAUGGGCGAACCGCUGAAUGGAAGGUGUCGCCAAUCGCCGCAGAGCGUCCCAGCAAGAUUUUUCCGAACAAAGCGAGAAGCGGGUUCAAAACUCCGCUAAGAAGCAUUAAUACUACUGACCCGUCAACUUCCGGAUAUGACUCUAAAAGUAUCACACCACAGCAAAACGAUCCCAAGCUCUCAAUGUCUGCAGAACUUUCAUCAUUCAUAGCCAACAACAGCCUAAACCCCUUGGACUCGAUUCUUCUCAAUUCCCUGCACAAAUCCAUCAACUUCAGCCCUCGCGUCGUUUUUUCUCAAGAAUCGUGUAGUCAGCAGAAAGACAGCGAAAAAUUUCAAUGGAGCAUCGAACAGUUGGCCAUUUUGAAGCCCGCGCAUAUUUCAGACGAUGAAAUUGCGGCGAGCUAUCGAUCACCAAUUCCCGAGGUGGAGGAGAAGAUUCAGGAGGUGCUCAACGAGUAUUGGACGAAAAAUGUCAGUUAUAUUCCAUCUCCAGACGGUCCCCGAUACAUAAAUCUAUCACAUCGUGAUGGUACAGUAACCACGUUCACUUAUGGCGCCGAAGAGAAUGCCACGUCAUCAUCGGCUCCAGGAGCAGCUGCUGGAACUCCUGCAUCACUGGCGAAUAUUGUACGGAAAAAGGAGGCUGUGAAGGCCGCCUACGCCACGUCAUCACCCAAACAAAGGCCUAGAAAUUUCAGGAACAUUCGCCAAGUUCGAAAUCGUCCAGCACAAACCGAGCUCACAAUUCCCCCGAAUUUGGAUUUGGACCUGAAAAAGUUGCUCGGCGAGCAAUUCGUCUAUCAGCCAGACGAGGAGGACGAGGAGGACGACGAGGAAGUGUUCAAUGUGUCGGUUUCAUCGAAUUUCUCCACGCGACGACGGUUAUUCUCUGCUGGUGGAACGCCGGGAGCUCCGAGAGAUGACGAGGAUGAAGCUGAUGACGUGGAAAAUUCGUCGAUGCUCUCUAACGAUGAUUUGAUGCUAAAUGAGACGAAUGGACAACAUUUUAACGACUCGCUCUCGCCAGUACGUAAAGACGUGACAGAUGACAUUGAUGAACCGGAGACAAGUAUGACAACUUCCGGUGCAACUGCAUCACAAAUUGCAAUUAAUAUCUCGAUUCUCAAUGAUUGUAUGAUGAACUCGAUUGACGAAGAAGAAAUUGAUGGAAAUGAGGAAGAAGGGAAAAAUGAAGCUGUUCAUCAUCAGCACAAUGUCUUCUCUCAUUCUCAUUUGGAUGCCAACGAAUACGAGAUUCUCGACCGUUCUUCUUCAUCCAACGCGACGCCACGUCACGAGGAUCUCGACUGGACGCCACGUCGAUUUCCGGGCUCGGCGAACAGCAACCCAAUGCUCCGCGGGAUUAUCACUUCCGGAGGCAGUGGUGGUGGCGGUCCACAAGAUUUUAGACGUUUUGUGUUCGACAUGUCGCCGAUUCAUCCUAAUCAUAAUGCUCCUGGAGCCAUGAGAACUCCGUUACAACGGUGCCAUCCAGUGAAUUUGCCACGUGGCAGGCUGGAUUUGAAUGAUGACGACGAGGAGGACGAGAAUACAGAGAAAUAGACGGAAUUCGAAGAAAAAAUCUCAAUUUUUUAAGAUUGAAUAUAUGCCUCGUGCCACAUGAAUUUUUAAAAAUUUCGAAAAAAAGAUUCAAAAAAUUGAAGAAACCUGUAAAUUGUAUUCGUACAGAAAAGCUGUUAAAAUUUUAAAAAAUGCGGCUGUUUUUUCGAAUUUUUGCAGUUUUUUGACGGAAAAAAGUUUUCUGAAAAAAUGAUAAUUUUAAAAAUUUCACCCUUGAAAUUUAAAAAUUUCAGGUUUUUUUUAAAUUUAGGUUUUUUCAGAAAUUUUCCAAAUUUUUUGGGCAAAAAAAUCUAAAAAUCAAAUUUUCUGACUUUUUUUUCAAUAUCCACGUGGCACAAUUUCUGUCUCAUUUCCUGGUUUUUUCCCUAAAAAAUUCAAUUUCCAUAUAAUUUUUAAUUCCAUCUGAUCUUCAUAUUGCUUGUAUCAUUUUCUGUGAUUUUUAUGUUCUUUAUGGCUUCAAAAAAUGGUCCAAAAGACCUCAAAAAAUCCUGUACUGAUUCGUUCCAUAUUAAUUGACAUUUUCAAUAUCUAAAAGUUAUAUAGUUUUUCUCCUUCUUUCUGUUCUUUUGAUCCAACUUUUUCGUGUCUUUUUCCUGUGUUUUCUGGUUUUGUCGACUGGUUUUUUGCCUAGUUUGGGGCUUUUUUACUACACUUUCCUGUUUUUCUUAACUUCCCUGAUUCGAGCUAUCAAAUGAACACACUUUGUACCCAUUUA